CGGAUGCUUCACCAAUCGUCAUUGACUCGACACCUCACCCUCCUCGACACCACCCACCCCCCCAAGCUCGGGACCGCUUCGACGACCGUCAGAAAUUCGGGAUCGCGGGAAUACCGAACGUCAAUCACCUCGACGAACAUCUCCUUCGCCCUCUCCCAACCUUCCCAGACUCCUCCCCCCGAUCCGAUCGAAUAUCGCAACUCCCGCAAGACCACCAAAUAAAUUAAGAAAAAAUGACCGAAUCAACACAACAACCCGCGGGAUCCUCCCCGGCCCUUCCGCAGACCCCUCCCCUCAUCCACAACGCCGCCAUCGCGGCCUCGGUACUCUGCCCGCUCAUCAUGUUGAUGCCUCCGCGGCGGCGCGACUGGCGCUUCUACAUGCUUGCGACGGGCUUCACGGCCUCGGUGAACCAGCUCAUCUACGACUGGACGGGCCAGUCCGUCUACCAGGGCGUGCAGUCGCGCUUCGCGCGCAUGUUCCCCACGGCACUGCCCGAGCAGGCCCAGCGCACCAAGCAGCUCCUCCGCGAGGAGCGCAUGCGCCGCGAGGGGCUGACGGAGGAGCAGAUGCGCGCCAUCGAGUACAAGAAGCGCAACCUCGCGCAGCGGGUGUGGUACGGCGACGAGCCCGAGGACUGGGACGCCAAGAGGGGCGCCGAGCACGCCAAGGCGCUGGCAGAGGGCAAGGGGUUUGGCGACCUGAUCGUUAAGCAGGUCGCCGAGGUCUGGGGCAGCGCGAAGAAGGACGAGGAGAAGAGGGAGGGCGGAGACGAUAAUGAGAAGAAGGAGUGAGGGGCUGGGGGGAACCGAGUGCCGCAGGGCGACGUCGUGUAGGAUUAUCAAAACAGGAGAUCAAAGCCUGGCUGUCACUAGCGCCUGUGGCGGUUGGAACGCAGUCAUACUUGGCGAAAGAGAGGCCGAGAGGUACGUCUGGUUCGUUGGCCAUCUCCCCUAGGCAUUGUACAUUACUGUUUAAUCGAGCAUUGUGAACACACAAACCAACCAGCAUUCGACAAU